ACUGUCCCUGAUGCAGAAUUCCAUCCUGGGUUAGAUGAAUACGGAAGAGGCAGCCUGGAAUGCCUCCCCCAAACAAGAGAAGAGAUACUGAAAGAGAUUUGCGACUGGCUUGAUGACUCUACAUCUCAAAAGCAUAUCUACUGGCUUCAAGGCAAAGCUGGAACGGGAAAAACUACCAUUUCCCGCACUGUUGUCAGCAGAAUGGCCGGAAAGAAUCGUAUCAUCGCCAACUUCUUUUUCAAAAGAGGUGAAGGUGACCGGGCUAGACUCAAACGAUUUUUUACAACUUUGGUAGCUCAACUUGUAAGAAAAUUGCCUAGCUUUGCCAAAGCCAUUCAAGACGCUUUGGAGUCGGAUCCUUCGCUUCUAGAACAAGACCCGAAGGUUCAAUUCAAGAAGUUCAUCCAGGAACCUAUACAAAAGCAAAAAUUCGAGAAGUCCAAGACCAUAAUCGUUGUCGUCGAUGCUCUCGAUGAAUGUGAUUCCAAGGAAGAUUUAGCUGCUCUGAUUCAGCUGGUUAAUCAGCCUGUUUUACCAGAUGGUUCAUCUGCUCAGCUUCCAUUCAAAUACUUUCUUACUAGUCGCCUCGACCAUCAUACGCAACCCAUUUCCAACAAAACUCCCGAACAGAUUUGUGAGAAAAAAGAGCUUGAAACCGCCACAUUAGCGACUAUGAAGCGAGACAUUGAAUUGUACUUUCGUUUUCACUUGAAAAAUAUCGAUGGCCUUUUAGAUCCAACUCCAACGGGAGAUCCGUGGUCCAACCCCUCCAACUUCAGAAUUCUCGAAGAGCUUACGGAGCGAGCGUAUCCGUUAUUUGAAUUCGCUGCCGCUGCUUGUCGUUUCAUCGGACAGACUACAAUCCCGGGAGAGCCACUAGACAGACUGAAUGAUAUACUAAAAUCCCAGAUUUCUGGAGACCUAGAUAUGGUAUAUGAAUCUAUUUUGAAACAAAGGUUCUACAAUCUCAAAGGCCAGUCUUACAAAAGCGCAAAAGCCCAGUUCCAAACAGUUAUUGGUUCAGUUAUUAGCUUAGCGGACUCUGUCGAUGUCAGAUGCCUUGCUCAGCUUACAGGGUCGUCUGAGAAAGCUAUUCGCCAAGAGUUACGUUGCUUUGCGUCAGUAUUGGUCGUUCCAACAGAAAAUGAUGAUCAGUCUUUGAUCAGACUAUUUCAUGAGUCAUUUAGAGAUUUUCUCACUGGGCUUGAUACAGACGAAGAGUUCAAAGUUGAUUCAAGUAGCGCUCAUAAGCUCCUGGCAUCGCGCUGCCGCCAAUUUUUGUGUGAAUCAUUGCAGGAAAACAUCUGUAAACUGGAGUCUCCUGGAACUGAUCGACGUGAAGUUGCAGAUGAAACUAUCAAUGAAUUUCUACCGCAUAAAGUACAGUACGCAUGCCGGUUUUGGAUUUUUCAUGUCAAAAGGAGUCAGUCAAGUAUCAAAGAUGACGAUGAUUGGCAUUCAUUCCUACGAUCCCAUCUACUCCACUGGCUCGAAGCACUGAGUUUGCUAGGAAGAACUUCAGAGAGUGCGUCGCUGGUAAAAGAACUAAAAACCAUCAUACAUGUUAGUGCAUUCUUAGAAGAUGCUGAACGACUUAUUCUCUCUUUCCGACACAUCAUUGACGCUGCGCCAUUGCAACUCUACAGCUCCGUUUUAACAUUUGCUCCAACUGGGAGUCUUGUUCGGGAAACUUUUGAUACAUAUCGCGCCAAAUGGAUCUCUCGUACACCAAACGUCGAUUCCCAGUGGGGUCAAUAUUUACAAACACUUGAAGGCCACGUCAAGGGAGUUUGUUCCGUUGCCUUUUCUCCUGAUGGCAACCUAGCAUCUGCAGAUAAUGAUAACAUAGUCAAGAUAUGGAAUCCUAUAUCUGGUAUUUGCUUACAGACCUUCCGUGUGAAUGAUAGACCCGGCUGGGGAGUCAUAAUCCUAUCAUCUGACGGUCAAUGGGCUGCAUAUGCAUCUGAAGGGGAAAUAAGGGUCCUCGAUUUGAGCUCUCAAGUCAAUCCUUCUCCUAAAACACUAGAAGGAGCUAAAGAUCCCCGGUUUGACUUGGUUGCUUGUUUCUCACGAGAUAAUCGGUAUCUUGCAUGUGUGCAACAGGAUGAUACUGUGGCUAAGAUCUGGGAUAUUUCAUCGGCUAUAUGCUUGCAGGCUUUUCAUGAGAGCGAAGAAAUUAAAGCGCUGGCAUUCUCACAAGAUGGUCGAUUACUAGGAAUGGGAUGUUGGGGGGGGAAGAUAAUCAUCUGGGACUGGAAAAACAACCCUCGCCAUCAGACACUUACAGGACAUGAAAGUUUAAUCCUCUCCUUGUCAUUCUCAACAGACGGGGCAUGGCUUGCUUCGGCCUCCUUUGACUGCACAGUUAAAAUUUGGGAUGCUACAGUACAUGAUUCUGAGGAGAAAUAUACACCCCACGUCGACGCCAGAGAAUCUAUUGAGGCCCAGGUUGGUCAACGACUCACUUUUUUAUCUCCCUCAAGCAGCCUCCAGGUGUGGGAUACUUUUACAAGCAGCUACAUUGCACAUCUAUUAAAAAAAGCAUACAGUGAUAUAAAAAUCUCUGCCGAUGGCCGCAUUGUUGCCGCUGUAUCAAUAGAUGAGGAAAGACCCGGGACUGGCAUCGAAAUCUGGCACGUGGAGUCAGGCAAUUAUUCAACCAUGUGCAGUCGCUAUUCAAAUUCCGAAGGCUCGAUAGCCCUCUCAGGGAAUGGUGAGAGAUUUAUAAUAGGCUUUGAUGAGGGUAUUAUCCAGGUAUGGGAGUCUCGUACAGGC